AAAAUAAAUGCUCCUCUCCUUUAGGUUUAUCCAAGAAAAAAUAAAAUGAAAGCGAUUUUCGGACUAGUUCUUUUCCACUUGCUCCUGUUGUGUGGAGCCCCGACAUUUGGUGUCCGGAUCAAGUCAGUCCCAGCAGUCACCAGUGACGGUGUUAUUCAGACAGAGCUGGAACGGACCGUGUCUCUGGUUUGUCAGCUUGACGCCGGCCACGAAACUCCGGUCGACGAAGAGCUGGUGUGGCUGAGGAAUGGCCAAGCCGUCAGUCUGACAGAAGGAAAUAAGAAGGGUCGAAGCAGCGUGUGCGUUACACCCAUCAUCUAUGAAGAUAACGGGGCUACUUUCACCUGCCACCUGAGCAAAAACGUCACAGUUACGGCCUCAGUCACACUGAAUGUCACAUAUCACCUACAGCUCUCUGGCUCGGAGGAAGUUGAAGUAGAAGAAGAGGCAGAGCUCGUCCUGCGGUGCGACAGCUGAGCCAAUCCACCUGUCUCCUCUCUGUCUUGGACACUGAAUGGAAGCGGGUUGAUUCUCGUUGACCAAUGACGGCUUCACGGGCCAGCUCAGCGCCAACCUGGUGGAGAAAGGCUGGCAUGAGGGCACGUAUCAGUGCAUAGCGACGUCUCCCAUCUACGGCGAAAGCAGCAGGCAAUUCAGAGUCACAGUGACAG